ACCAAAGCCAACAUCCCCGCUCUACAUCCUCUGCAGGAAGCCGACCUUCUGCAAGUUGACGCCGCCCUGAAAUCAAUCAAGAUCGCCAAAGAGUCCCACCGAACCGCACCCACUUCCGCACCCACACCUGCCCCAUCAGGCCCCCAAGCGGCAGGUACUCCACCGAAGGAUGCGAAUUCUACUGCUGGAGGACCGAAGAGGAGCGAGAGCUUGGCUAGGAAACAGCCGUUUUUAGCUGGGUCGAGCUUGUUGAAGGAGUUCGACGAAGCGGCUAGUGCGAGCAAGCGUGCUGCUGAGCUGAGCAGGCGCGCAAGCAGGGAUACGACUCGUCCGGGGACGCCGCCUCAGUCUGUCAUGGGUAUUGGGAAGAAGGUGGAGAAGCCUGAUUACUCGGAGGCGAAGCUGGUCGUCGCUAUGGUCGGCUUGCCCGCGCGUGGAAAGUCGUAUUUGAGUAACAAGCUGACUCGAUAUCUCCGGUGGUUGGAAUACGACGUACAGGUGUUCAACGUCGGCCAACUGCGGCGGAAGAAAGCGCGCAUGAAACAACAGCAAAUGGGGAUCAAGGAAGAUCACUCUGCCAUCUACUUCAGCUCGAGCAACGAGGAAGGUCAGAAGGCGCGGGAUGCCCUGUCUGAGGAGAGCUUGAGCAACUUGAUUUCCUGGCUCCGAGCUGGCGGGAACAUCGGUAUCCACGACGCAACGAACAGCACCGUAGACCGCCGAUCAAAGAUUGCCGCUCGUGUCGCUUCCGAGCCCGGGAUCGACCUCAUCUUCCUCGAAUCCCUCUGCGACGACCCCGAAGUGAUCGCCGCGAACAUCGCGCUCAAGGUCUCCUCCGGUGACCCAGACUAUAAAGGCAUGUCCCGGGAGAAUGCCAAGCAGGACUUUAUGAACCGGAUCAAGCAGUAUGAGAAAGUGUACGAGACGGUGACGGAGUCCCAUUUGAGUUAUGUCAAGAUCAUCAAUGUCGGGAGGCAGGUAACGGUUUCGCGCGUCAGAGGGUAUAUGCAGAGUCGGAUUGCGUUCUAUCUGUUGAACUUGCACUUGAAGCCGAGGGCGAUCUAUCUCUCCAGACAUGGCGAGAGCAUGUUCAACGUGCAGGGUAAGAUUGGGGGAGACUCGGACCUCUCCCCGAGAGGGAAGAAGUACGCCAAAGCCCUCCCCUCGCUGAUACACGACAUCGUCGGAGACGCCAACCUAACUGUCUGGACAUCCACCCUGCGGCGGACGAUCCAGACUGCCGAGCACCUGCCAUACGAGAAACUCGACUGGAAGUCGCUCGACGAGCUCGACGCCGGCGUCUGUGACGGGAUGACGUACGAGGAGAUCGAGGCCAAGUACCCUGAGGACUUUGCCAGUCGGGACGAGGACAAGUUCAAUUACAGAUACAGGGGCGGGGAGUCGUAUCGCGAUGUCGUCGUCAGGCUGGAACCGAUUAUUAUGGAACUGGAACGGCAGGAGAACAUCUUGAUCAUAUGCCAUCAGGCGAUCUUGCGUUGUUUAUAUGCGUACUUCCUCAACCUCAACCAGUCCGACCUGCCGUAUAUUAAGAUCCCCCUGCACACGGUGAUCAAGCUCACCCCCAAAGCGUACGGCACAGACGAAGAGAGAUACACCGUCCCCAUCGGCGCUGUGGACACGCACCGCCCAAAGCCGGGUACGCAUACGCCGAACUAUACGUCGAAGAAUACGACGAUCAGGGAUUAUUAUGGGGAUGCUGACUAGAGAAAUGUGUACUUUUACACCUAGACACCAG